GCACAUUAUCCUUUGCGCUGCUUAUCAGCGCUUUGCACGCCUGAGCGCGCAAUGAAAUAGAAAAUUCGAUUUUCCGCAAUUGAAAAUGUUCUUAUCAAACACUCAACCAGGCAGCCAGUCGGCCAGGCAGGCAGUAAAGGCAGCCUGGGCAGCCAGCUAGCGCUUCCUGCAGUCUCAUUUGGCCUCUGCUGCUGAAGCGAACAGGACGUGUCCAUGGCGAGCAUUGAGAGCGAGUUGGCGCAGUUUGUGGCGCAGUGCCGGAAGCAGGAAUUCAGCGAGUCGGAAAUGCGCAGCAUAUGCCAGCCAAUCCUCUGGCAUUGGCGACUACUGAAACUGAGAAAGUGGGUGCAGUGGCUCCUGCUGCCCGCAGUGCUGGUCUAUCUGCUGUGGAGCUGCUGCGACAGCUGUGCCUGGACAUUGAGCGCCCUGGGGCGCCUGCUCCUGAUCGAGCUGCUGCCCUAUUGGGACUGGACGCUCUACUACAAUGCCAAGUGCCUGAUCGAACGGGAGUCGGAGCGGAGCACUGACUGGCAGCCGAAGCCGCUGGGCAGACACGAAACUCUCUGGGAGAACUGUGCGCUGUGCGAGCAGCUGGAGAGCAUUCCCGUCGUCUCUAAUGCCAGCUACUCCCUGCUGGAAGCGGAGUAUCUGGAGCGCGGUCUGCCAGUUAUCGUGAGCGACUGCCAGCUCGAGCUGAGCUUGGACCAGUUGCUGCAGCGAUUGCUGGAGCGGGCACCAGAGCUGCUCUCCAGCGAGCCCUGCGACGUCUCCAGCAAUCUGAUGCUGCGACAGCUCUUCAAUUUGGAUGCUGCGCUGCAGAAGAUUCCAACCAGCCCCGCGUGGCAUCUGCACUUCCGCAACUGUGAGUCGCGGGCGGUGAAGGCUUCGCGCCUCUAUGCCGACAAACCCUACUACUACCCCGUGCAUCUGGAGCCCUACUACUCCAGCUGGCUGCUGCUGGCGCAUCGGCAGCAGCGCCCGCAAACGGAGAUCUAUGUGCGUGGCCUGAUCUUCAUACAACAGCUGAGUGGCCACUUCGACUGGCAGCUGCGCCCCAAGCAGCCCUGCCAGGAGUACAAUUGCCCCAAUCUGAGUCUGCGCUUGGCUGCGGGCGAGUGCCUGGUCUACUCCACGGAUCUGUGGCGUCUCAGCUACGGAGUGCAGCAGCAGCCGAAUGGUAGCGACACCUCCAUUGCCACACUGUUCGAGGUGAAUUGGCAGCUGUAGGAGAAGUUAUGGAACAUAAUAAAUCAUAGAUCAUCUAUACAUAUAUAUGAAAUAACUCAGAUAACUACGAACUGGAAGUGAGGUAUUAAACGUCAAAUAAGAUGUGGUUCCAUAAUAGAAAGGUGUACGAAAUAGAGAAAUAUAAAUCAGUCCUAGAUAGCCAAAAGUUUCCCUU